UCCCUCACCUCUCUCACCACCAUUCGUCUCCCUCUCGUCUGCCGCCCUCUCCUCCGUGGUCGCCGUGCUGUUGUUCCACCGUGCCCACUCCGAUGGCCAACCAAGCUCCUACCGAUAGCUCCAACACCUUGCGCCGGUCUCUUCGAUGUCUCAAUGGAGGCACAGGGUACCCCUACGUCUCUGAGACGGAGUCGCCGCCGCGUUCUCCACCCGCUAGGGACCCGAGUGUUGACCAGAAAUUGAGGAGCCAAACGGUGCAGGAAGAUGGCGUUGACUCAUGCGACUCCGCCGACCAUAGUGCGAGCCAGCAGAUCUCCGAAUCCCAGUAUUACACUCACAGGGAUUACACACAUACCUUCCGCUCCAAAAAGGAAGUUCAACACAUUCUAGACACUGGAGAAGUUAAAGGGAAAGGGCUUCUGCAGAAGAAGUUGGAUGAUGAUCCUAGUGGACAGAGUUCAGGUUCAAGGCGUUCAACCAAAAGAACCAUGUUACAGCCUGCAAACAAUGAUCCUCCUAAAAGGCCAACAGCAUAUGCAGAUUAUUUAAGAAGAACCAAUGUUGGUGGAAUUUUCCGUUAUUCAAAUGAGGACGGUCCGCCUGGCUUUUUGUAAUCCUAGAUGGAAGAUACAUUUGGUAACUUGUUCUAUUCAGGGCACAAAUAAUCAGAUGGCAUGUAACUCUUUGUGCUGGUGAGAAUGCUUCAAGUACUAGUUUUAUCUCCUUCUGGUAUGCUCUAUGCAUGCAAUUAAUAAUAAAAGGAUUGCUUUC